AUGGCGAGCCCUCCGAUAUUCACAGCCGUAUCGACAUCAACAAAGCAAUUGUACCUUUUACUCCGAUGUAUCGCUUUCUCCCAGAGGGCCGAGGUCCAAAUCACUCCUACGGGGAUCCGCUUUUCGGUGGAGGAAGCUCGAGUCGUUCAAGGUCUUACCAUGCUCGACAAAGCCUUGUUUUCCACCUAUGCCCUACGGCUGACAGAUGAGGAUGAGGCUUUACCUGCGUUCUCCAUCUCCAUAGUCGCUCUUCUCGAAACCCUCCAGAUCUUUGGGAUCUCCGAGCCGACGGGCUCUAGAAACACCAACGGAGGCUUCUCAUCGUCAUAUGGCCAUGCCUUUGGUGCUCCGUCUCUCGCAUUGGCAGGAACUUGUCGGAUAUCGUAUCAAGAGUCUGGGUCACCGUUGACGAUCACAAUCCAAGAAGGCUCAGUAACGACGAGCUGCGAGAUGAACACUUAUGCAGUGCACGACGCAUACGACGAUGAUGGUGGGAUUCCUCUGGAUCGGGAGAGGUUGAGCUUCAAAGCCAUCUUUCGUAGCACCUGGCUCUACGAUGCUAUAACCGAAUUAUCCGGGACAAACCCCACCGCCCUAAUUGUCAAUGUCUCGAGCCGGGCAGCGCCGCUUUUCGCUUUGGAGGGAGAGGGUGGACCUUUUGGUGAUACGACGGUAGACUUCCUCCCUGAAUCGAAGAACGAGCCGACACCCAGUGGAGCGCGAGGGAAGAAACAGCCUCUGAUAAUGGAAAAUUUCUCGGUAGCAGCAUUCGCAGGACAUCAUGGCAGAAUACGGCAGAAAUACAAAUUCGAGAUGAUCAAGCGAGCCGGAAGGGCAAUGGCUCUCGCAAGCAAAGUCAGCGUUCGACAAGACCAGCAAGGCGUUCUUAGUUUACAGUUCAUGAUCGAUUUGGGUGAUGGGGCGGCCACCAUGAAUGGAGCUCGGCGGGAUGAUGCGACAAUCGGAGGGGCUCCACCAACUCCUGGAAGUGUGGCAUUUGUCGAUUUUCGAUUUGUUCCACUGGUUGGAGACGAAGACGAUGCAACGACAGGAUCUUCUGAUGGAGGGUUCGACGAGGAUAAUGAAGACUAA